GGGGCGGCCCGAGGCCGGCAUUGCAAAGCAGGGCUCAGCGUGCCUGCAGUGCGCCGCCGACACGCUUGCCGGGUGCCGCCAGCAGACCACGCCGACGACGUCGUCCUGCCGUCAUGGCCGCACAACACAAGACGGAGGAUGUGUCCAAGCUACGGUACACAGACCUGUACCCUUUUCGGGACGACUCCGGGCCGACACGAGAGUUCCUGCAACGCGUGUUCGACAUCCUUUGGGCCUACGUCGACAAGCAGCAAGACCGUUCGAGCAAGAUACUGGACUUCCACAUGCCCGAGGAGCUGAUGCAAAUCUUGGACCUCGAGCUGCCCGACGAUCCACAGCCGCUGCAGCGUGUGCUGGGAGACUGCGCCGAAGCACUCAAGCACCAAGUGCGCACAGGCCACCCACAUUUCUUCAACCAGCUGUCAAGUGGCCUGGACAUUGUCUCCCUGGCCGGCGAGUGGCUUAGCGCAACAGCCAACACUAACAUGUUCACCUACGAGAUUGCCCCCGUGUUCAUACUCAUGGAGAACGUGGUGAUGAAGAAGAUGCGGGAUCUCAUCGGCUACACCAACGGCGACAGCAUCCUGGCACCCGGCGGCUCCGUGUCCAACCUGUACGCCGUGAUGGCGGCGCGGCACAAGAUGUUCCCCAGCUACAAGACCAUGGGCCUCAAGGCACUGCCGCAACUCGUCAUGUACACCUCCGAAGACAGCCACUACUCCGUGAAGGGUGCUGGUGCAGCCAUUGGCCUCGGCACAGACAACGUGGUCUCCAUACCCGUCGACAAGCACGGGCGCAUGAAGGUGGACGUGCUGGAGAAGGAGAUCCAGGCGUCCAAGGCCCGCGGUCACGUGCCUUUCUUUGUCAACUGCACUGCUGGCUCGACGGUGAUCGGCGCCUUCGAUCCCAUACACCCGAUCGCCGACAUCUGCCAGCGGCACGGGCUCUGGCUCCACGUAGACGCUGCCUGGGGUGGAGGCUGCCUCCUUUCUAAAAAACACCGCCACCUUUUGGACGGCGUUGAACGAUCCGACUCGGUGACAUGGAAUCCUCACAAGCUCAUGGGAACGCACUUGCAGUGCUCCACGAUACAUCUGAAAGAGGACGGCCUGCUGCUUAGCUGCAAUCAGAUGUGCGCCGAGUACUUGUUCCAACAGGACAAGCAUUACGACGUGUCCUACGACACGGGCGAUAAGGUGCCGCAGUGCGGACGCCACAACGACAUCUUCAAGCUAUGGCUGAUGUGGAGGGCCAAGGGGACAGCGGGUUUCGAACGACAGAUAGACCACCUUUUUGAGAUGUCCAACUACCUCGUGCAAAAGAUCAAGGAUAGGCCAGACAUGUUCCAUCUACUACUGGAGCCAGAGCUAGUGAACGUGUGCUUCUGGUACAUUCCGAAGAGGCUUCGCGGAAAGCCCCACAGCAAGGAGAAGGAGCAGGAGCUGGGAGUGGUGACAGCGCAGCUGAAGGCGCGGAUGAUGAACACCGGAACGCUGAUGAUCACCUACCAGCCGAUAUGGGACAAACCGAAUUUCUUCAGGAACAUCGUCUCCAACGCAGGCGUGCGACGGGAAGACAUCGACUUCCUCGUCGACGAGCUAGACCGUCUCGGUCACGACCUGUAGGACCUCCGCCUUCCCUCCGGCAUUACCGAACCUAAAGCCCCCGCGGGUUAGCAAACAUGGUAGCCGACCCGGUGGGAAACGCCCGUGCCGAGUUUUUUUUUUUUUUUCUCUCUUUGUACAGAAGACGUUGUCGAUUUAUGGCGAUGCCCUUGUUACCCGGUGAAAAUGUUGGCCACGGCAGAGUUCGUUGUGCAAAGCGUAUACGAAGAGAUCUUGGAAUAUACUGCUGAUGUGUAAAUUCAAAACCAAUCUUGUUAAUGCCGAGAACAGCCAAUUCAUCUCGUAUUCUUUCAGCCGGUGCGUAAUCCGAAAGCGACUGCUGAUAUAUAUAUAUAUAUAUAUAUAUAUAUAUAUAUAUAUAUAUAUAUAUAUAUAUAUAUAUAUAUAUAUACACAUUUCGCGACGCUACGUAUAUCAAAAUCAAAAAGAAAAGAAAACCAAGAAAUACAAGCGAUCAUGUUUUAGAGAGAGGUCGGCAACCUGCGGCCCGCUGGGCAGUAUUACGCGGCCAGAACCCCCUUCCCCUUGUCACUUCCAAUCUGAAGAUCGGUAUGGCAGUUUUGGCCUCAAAUGGGGUUAGACAGGAACAAAGAAACAUCACUUCCGGUUGGCAUUACAACCUAUGUUUGUAAAUGACAACGUUCUGACAUGCGUGCUAAAAAUAAGCCUGAUUUCUGUUCCAGUUUUGUACAUCAUUGUCAAUUCGCCGAAUCCCCCCUCCCCCGCUCCCCCUGACUGGCCGUCCGGCCCCCGCUGUGUCGGCUUCAUGAAACCCGGCUAUGCCAUAACCCGGCCGUCCGCCUCAAAAGGUUGUCGGCCCGUGUUAUAGAGCGUCGAGUCAUACUGCGUGUUUUGAGUAUAUUGGCGAAGGUUCGCGAAACCAGCUGAAACUUUCUCGCUGUGUGCGUUGCGCUGUAUCCACUGUGAUUGGUUGCGGAUAGCGUCUUGCAAUAUACAGUGUGUGGUAUCGCAGUUCGACUAAUGAUGGUUACUGUUCUAAUGCCUAUUUAUUUCGCGCUCAUAUUUCAGAGAGUUCAUGUAUAGUGUUGGUUUGGUGACAGUACCUGCGAGCUUCAUUUAAUACAUGUCAUAUUGUAUAAAACGUGGUUGGACAUGAACAAAGUGUAGAGUUUUGCCACACACGUUAUCAGUUAUGCACUAAAGACCAUUAAGUGCACGAUAUAUACGAUGUUCUUAUACCGUCUUCGUUUGUAGAUAGCUGGUGCUAGAGUUACUUUUGUAGUUAAGCAAAUAAAUUAGGUCAGGCUCAUUCGAAUGAUUAACAUCUUUGCAGGUAUAAAAGAAAAUCAUUUUUAAAAACCAAAUUACGCAAUUUCCGUAUGAACAAGCUUCUUUACGAUGUCCACUACCAAAUUUAGUCGCUCUGGGAAAUGUUUGCCAGAAGAUAAGACAGAAGCAUCUUCACUUACCUCCUUUGGCGGUGCAACAGUCAUUGCACGUUACUGCUGCUUCAUAGUCUAAUAGCGCCUACUUUUACAAUUGCCUUUGCAGGACAUUGAUUUUCUAGAAGUGGCAAUACAAAACCUAUUUUCUUGAAGUAGUCGUUUUCCAUUCACUUUACCACAGACCAUAUCGCGCGCUAUAUAACACGACAUUAGGUGCUGUGUCUAUGCGAAGAAGCGCAUACGUAAUUACAAAUUCUGGUACUACACCUGCCCCCCAAAAGCUUAGAGCAAUAAACAUUGAUAUACUUACGUAAAUGUAUAACGUAAGUGCACAACGUUCAAUGUUCAUAGCAAAAUUAUUCUCCCGUGACGACGAGCAAAAAACGUUUCCCAAUUUCUGCAACUUUAUGUCUUCUAUUAUUUUACGUAUAAAAAGUGUGAGAUAUGUUUAGUUGGCUUGAGCCGUCUUUAGUCAGGAGACCUGUCCGGUAACGAAAACCGAAAGCGCACUUGUCGAACGUCAGUUGGCCAGCUGCCUUUCCAAAACGAUCGGCAGGGCCUCCGACAUUUCCCGACGAGCCAGAAAGCAAGGCGAACUCGGAAGGAUGCUCUUUGAAAGGAAAACAGAUAGGAAUAAAUGCGUUGUUGUUGUGUUGAUCACUCGCGAGAUAGAAGUAUAUGUAUACAUACAUGUGUAUCGUGUUUCUGUUGACCUAGCGUUGAUGCGUGUUUCACAUCGUGUUGCAUCGCGGUAGGCGACAUAGCAGAGCAGUGUUUCACUAUCGUCGUUACUGUUGUUAAUUCUCGGUUCGCGUACGGGCGAUAACCGGAGCGAGUGCACGGUCGAUCAGCUUGAACAGGUCGCGACCAGUUCGGCAAAUCGGCAACCGCUUUUCGACGUGCCAAAACAGCAAAAUCCCAAGUCUUCCAGGAGCAGGUCGUGGGAGCCCCUUCGUGGGCAGGCCAGCUGGGCCUAACUGCGCAGUGUCAGCUAAGCCUAAGUCCGCCAUAUUUGACCCGGGCCUUCGCAACGCGUGCCAUUCGGGCGCUCUGUAUGUGUGCGUAGACGCUGAUCGCCUAGCACGUCAAGACGGACGCUAUAUAGCCAGACGACAAUAAGAGCAGAGUUAUUUCACGUUGAACGUUUACAGAGUCUAUAUGAUCCCGUUGUAUCACUGUUGAACAUGAGGCGGUAUAAGAACUUUCACUCUCACGUGGGAUGUCGCAGCUCUCUAUUCGAUCAAAACUGCCCCAAGUCCCAUUCUGAACGAAGUGAGCAGUGCUUUCACAUCUUACGGUUCAUUCCUGUGCACAACUAGAAGCCAUGUAAAGUUGUCGUUUGUCUUUCCUUAGACAUAUUCAUUUUGAUACUAUAGGGACACAGGUGCUACUAUUCUAAGUAAUGACGCUUCCUUCCCGGCUUGCAACUCUAUCGAAGAAUUCACGGGUGCAUUCGACAGUCGACUUCCAUUGUACUCCUCUGUGCAGUUACGAUUAGACCGCACCGUUUCUUAACACGGUCCGUGAAAGUGCACACAUCCCACUUCUCUCGCUCCCCGUCUAAUUAUAUGCACUCGCAGACAUACGGUUAUUUGAGGAGUGAGAUUUCUCGACCUUUCUUAGUUUGAUCUGUCGAAUGUAUUAAAGACGCUACCUUCAGUCAUACAGGCGACACAUCAUAACAUUGUGUUCUCUUAAUUGCCUGCCUUUGAUUGAUAUCGGCUCGUUUGAACAAAAACACACCGUGUUGAAAUUAUGCUUAUCGCCAAAAUUGCGCCGGUAACUCGCCCUCCAGUCACGCUGAUGUGAUGCAUUAAGCCUUACCGUAUCAUACAAAGCCGCACCCCAGAGUUCUGUGCGAUGGACGUUACCCGGGUGUGUGAACGGUCAACGCGUUGAAACUAGACCGGUGCUUUGAGCCGCGGCCCCAUCCUCUUUUUAUUACGAAAUCACUCGUCUCUCAUUUCAUAACCGUGAUGAGUUCCUGUGCGAUUGUUGUGUGCUGCCGCAUCAGUUGUCUCUGUAUACCGUGACAGGAGUUGGAACUCGUUGAUGGCAUCACUUGAAAGCAUGGUCAGGCAAAAAAAGAAACUCGAAAUAUUGCCGCAUAAAGGGCUUGCACCUUGUCCCGUAGGGUUAGUGUAUUAUGGCUGCACUUUUUUAACCUCACCCGAGGCAGUGUGUAAGGCAGGUCUGUCAUUUGUUCCUUGUUUAACAGACAUACAGAUUCACCUCGAAGUGCGUUGCUGUAAAGUGCACUGCGUUCGUCAUUUAUUUGUGUCGCAUUCAUGACAGACGAGACGCUGUCACGCAAUUGAAAAUUGUAAUGUCGGCAGCAAGACAGCCCGCCGCAUUAAGGCCUCCCGGUGUAAAUAUCCACCACUCUUCAAUGUCCCGUGUCGUGAUUAUUGGUGUCGUCUGUGAUGUCGCAAAGGUGUCUUGCUUCCUCUGGCUUGUAGGAUUCAGUGAGGUGAGUGAACGCACCUGUUAUCGUUACAUCGGCGUCCUUACAUUUCGUGCGCAGACAUUCAGGGACAAUGUAUAGCAGAGUCUUGUAGUAACACCCUGCUCGUGCGCGUAAAUAGGAUCUUUCGAUUGCGUCACUGACCCGAUGGCUGCUCGAAGAUUCCCAACAACUGGGCAUUAAACUGGCUCGUUGGCGCCACUGAAACUGAACGUCGUUGUUUACGAGCGGCGCCUCCGCCUACCUUUCUGAGCACCGUGUUUUAUCCGAGUCGUUGAUGCGGAUAGUGCAGCAUAGCGCCACCUAUAAACCUGUGUGACGACAGCGCAGAGCCGAAGGGCUUCUCUCGCCACACGCUCAUCAGCCGUCGCACUUUCACGAAGGCGGAUUCCGGGGAGCACAGCCGGCCGGACAAUCGGAAUUCGUCUUCCGCCAUCGUGGCAACAGCAGCGCAAUCCCACUCCUCGGCGUUUGCGGCCGCCCUGUCACGACCUGGACACAAACGACGCGUUGAGUGGCACCGAACGUGUGUCGAUCCCUCUUUCCUCCUCGAACAGUGAGAGGGUCGAGAGUGUAGCAGUGUUGCUGCUCUAUCAGCAUUACGGCACAGUUAAUUGAAGCAAUUGUUUCAAGUCUAAAUAAGGGGCCACGGCACGAAAUUUUUGAGCUCCAAUUAUGCAUUGCCUCUUAAAAAACCGUCUCACGCGUGUUCUCUGUAAUAUUUAUGCUGGUCCUACGGCGCUAGCGAAAUCCUUGCAGGCGGCAUUCAACGAGACAACCCCUCGCUGUUGAGUAUUUGCGUUGCCACAACCGGCGUAUGGUGUGUCGAUGUUAUUUCGUAUUGUUGGAGCAGAUACAAUACAGCUAUGACGCCACCCCCCCCCCCUCUCCUUUUUUUUCUUUUUUUUUUUACGUAGCACAAUUCGUGCUAUAAUGGCUGUCGCAGUCGGCAUGUAGGUGGUGCUUGGAGGCAGCGAUAUCAAAUUGCAAUGUAGAGUUAAAUAUUUACGCCGGAAAACGCUGUUCUUUCUUGCAUGACCAUAUUGCUCCUCUACUCAAUUACAAAGAACAAACGGGGAAAUAAUUUACCUACUCUGUCAUGGCCCUUUAUCACCGUAAUACACUAUCAUACCGGGGCCGAGAAUAGUUAUGGAUUUAAGAAGAAAGCACACACGUACUCUACUUUAAUCAGCCAUUCUGUGUCAGAAAAGCAUAAAAUCGUGAACAUAUUUGACAGUCUACAGCAAGGACAACUAACACAUUCUCGACCCUCCUCUGGUUCUUUCGGUUAAACGAAUUUUCCCUUGAGCGCUUAAGUCAGCACAGCUGGAGGCGGUAACUUCCCGAGGGCGAGGACAACGGGCUGUGACUGAACCGAGGCUGCGUUCCCCAGACAUGUUCUGGCCACGGUAAUUCAUGUUCAUUAUUAGCGACAGAUUAAGCAGUGUGCUAGAUUAUCCUGUGCGAAUGAAUAACGCGUGCCAGCAGCGAGUGUUAAACUACCUUCUCUCGAGAGGCGAUGACAAGGCAAAAAGUAGAAGUGAUUUCGCUCAUCACGUCUGUGAUUAAAAGUAACUGCUCUCGCGCCUUUCUCCACAGCAAACGGAAAGGGAGACGACCUCAAAGUUUUCCCAUCAGCAUACGUUGCUGAACAGGAAGCUCGCCACUAUGUGGCCGUAAAGUCGAACAGCUAGUGCCACUUUCGUACAACGUAUAGAACGGAAGUCCUACAAAGAGGACCUGUGAAACGGAAUUCCCAACUCGGGCUUCUAGAAAUUAAGUCUCAUCAAUUAAUAAACAACGGCCUGCAACAGAUAACAGCAGAGUCACAACAAGUGGAAAAGGCUUGGACACAUACUUAAAAAAAAAAAAAGCCAAAGGUGCGAUACUCUAAUGCGAUAUUCAGCAGUGGUACGCCUUUUAGGUCGUCUUCUGAUCCAUCGAGAAGUGAGGCAACCCUCCCUAUCGAGUCUAAGGUCGAUGCAUCGGCGGAAAAUCGGGCAUACUGACAAUGGAUAAUGAGGUCGUUUCGUUAUAGGCGUAGAGAUACGACUGCAAGCACUCUGGCUGUACCUUAGACUUUGCCAUUGAAUGUGAAAACCGCGUGCUCCAGCCACUAUUGUGUCCAUGCCUUUGGCUUGUCGGCAUACUGUUGUCCCUUCUCAUCCCACUACUUAAUGCCUACAUGCGGCAACUCCGUGCAUCAAUUGGUCGCAAGCAUGAUCUCAUCGUAAGCGCAGCUCCUUAGAUACAAAAAUACCUACCACGACGACGUCGCUCGUUGAACUUGCAUGUCAAGGCAACAGGCUGCAGAAUAAGAAUUUUAAAGCAAGUAUUUACACGCUAACAAAGCACUGUUCUCAACGAAACGGGAUUUCGUAUUUUCGUUGACUGAGACAUCGCGUUUCGAAGUUUGCUUUUUAGACAAUCUUAAUAGCCAUGAGCUCCUAUCACAAAUUCUGAAAGAACUCUCUUAGUCCAUGUGCUAUAAAACUUGGUGCUUGCUAUUAAUUUCAUCGAUGAGACUAGUGAUUUUCCUUGAUCUCAUUUAUGCGUACAUAUACACAUAUGUAUUCAAGACAAGCGUCGACAAAUCGCAUUGAGUUCGCACUUUGAGACAAUCCUCGAUGCAUCCGCUUCGGGUCCUGAUUACAGUCUUCCGUUAAACUAUACGCAAUAUUAUGGACUUGUUAAAGUUAGCAUCAGCGUGAUUCGUUCUUAGCCUUGCAGAGUUUUCUGCCGGUAGCACAAUGACGUCUUCUUCAACUAUUCGCUUUCCACACUGGUGGGCCAGAAAUCACGCGUGGAGCAUGCAAUCGUGGCUCAAGGCUCUCAGCAAUAAAUGCCACAAGCGUAGCAUCGAGGAUUAGCUUGAGUGUGUUGCGGUAUCCUACAAGUGCACGCUCACCUCAGGCAGAGUAUUUCCUUGUCUUCCAUGCAAAGUGCUAUGCGCAUUUCACUUUCCACGGUGUCAUGCAAGAAAGCCCUUUAGAGAUCGCUCUUGCGUAGAAGAGCUCCGAGAGCCACGCCAAGUGACCGCUGGUAACAAGCACCGACGAAAGCCACGAACGACAGCGCCGCUGGUCCGAGUGGUAUUUAAUCCAUACUCGUGUAUUGUAGGCGACCCAACCACUUUUCAACUUAUGCCUCGCAGCACAAUCAUCCAGCGCCUCUGGCGGCGCGACCGUGGUUGCAUUCUCAAUCAAGCGAUAGCCCGUAGGAACACACGAAGCCUAUCUUAGAUAUCUUCGCUUGUGUCCGCGGGGAUGUUUGUUAAGUCGCAUCCUGUUUUUCUCCAUGUGCAUGUUAGUGCGCACCUGAGUGUACAUACUCAGUUGGUUGUAUGCUAAAAUUCGUGUGCUGUGCUGGGCUAUCAGAGAAGCAGGUGGUGAAUGCGUCGUUUUCGCAUGUUUCGUUGUAGUACGCAGGAGGCAAAAAUAUGUAGUCAGGGCCGUGCACUCAGCGCCAGCUACGUCGAAAGCCCUAACGGGAUAGCAUUCACGCUAGAUACGCAUGAUAUUAAAAAAUGGUUAAAUAAAACGUCGACAUUGCUUCACAUGUACAAGAAACACAACAGCCCGUACGACUGUGGUCGCAUUAGGUUAGGUUUGGACCUACCUGAUGAUGUUUUACAUUAACAAGCUUUGAGUGGCAGCAGGCUCUAUGUGGCAACCAGAAAAAGAAAAGAAGUGUGUGCUUACUGAAGAUCCCGCAUUCAAUUACGCAAAGCAUAUGCGUUUCGACAGUGUGCUGAUCUACACAGUACGCGACGAAUACUGAAGAUUUGUGUCACGUAUCACGUUGCUGGUAGUCCCUCAACAUUCCUGUACCCCAAGGCGACUACUGUGUUCGUUUCGCAUCUGCUAUUGGUCGUUACUUACUGUUUCAAACCGAACGUACAUUGCGGUCUUCUCGCAAGAUUGUAUUCACCACAUUGGAUAAAUAUUCCGGUAUAGCAAAAGACAACACUCGCAAAGUGAGCUAUUCUAACUCACUUUAACGCUAGGGCGAACGAAACAUCCUAUACCAUGCAGUACAUUACGUGUGCUUGUUCAGUCGAUCAACGUCUCAGGCGUUGAGAGUGAAGUUAUUUUUCGUGAGCGUCCCCGUGAAUGACAACAGUUGUGCAGCAAUCUUCGAGCUUACCGACAUGCAGCUGGUCACGCAUGCGCACAAGCAACAUCUACCUGCAAGCCUAAUCGGAUAUUCUGAAUUUGAUAAAUCAAGGUAUUUUGUGCCGUACGUGUACAGCGAACAAGUCUCCUAUAAGCCUUAUCAAUUAAUAUAAUAAUAUCUGGGGUUUAACGUCCCAAAACCACGAUAUGAUUAUGAGAGACACCGUAGUGGAGGGCUCCGGAAAUUCCGACCACCUCGGGUUCCUUAACGUGCACCUAAAUCUAAGUACACGGGCCUCAAACAUUAUCGUCUCCAUCGAAAAUGCAGCCGCCGCGGCCGGGAUUCGAUCCCGCGACCUUCGGGUCAGCAGUCGAGCGCCAUAACCACUAGACCACCGUGGCGGGGGUCCUAUAAGCAAUAUUACAGAACCCAAAACAGCUAGUGCUGCAGUAUAGAGCGCGUGCAGCAAAAUUAAUUUUGGAUUUUUAUGCACGCAGGUAUAAUUAAGAGGCGCCACCGAAAUGCCGCCGCUAUGGCUGGCAAUCAAACUCGCGCCCACGUGCUUAGCAGCGCAAUGCCGCAGCCGCCAAUCUGGGCCGCCUCGGAGAGUUGAGCGUUACAUUUAAGCAAGUUGUUCAGGUAUCAGCGCUCACACAUGGCGCUUCAUGAAACUCGUUGACAUGGACGACAUAAGCGUUGCCGAAGCCUCUAGCCCCCCCCC